AUGAGUGGUGACGACGACAUGACCGAACAAUUUGAUAAUUUGUUUUUAUCAAUUGCUCAGCAUCAUCCGCAAGGUGCUUCACAGCUAUUGGACACGUUUGUUAAUUUUCUAGGCCGAAAAACCGAUUUCUUCAUUGGUGGUGAAGAAGGUGCUUGGGAAAAGCUGGUUAUGAGUACUUUUAAAAAAUAUGAAAAAAUCAGUAGAGAUCAUCACGAAACUGAAUUAAAAGGAAAACGUGAGAAAGAAGCCCGUUUGAAAGCUGCAGCUGCUAAAAAGGCUGAGCAGGAGACCAUAAAAUCUGCAGAGAUAACAGAACUAACAGAUGCUGAAGCAGAAAAGCUUCAAGCUGAGAUAGAUGCUAAUAAAAGCUCACAACCAGCUCAGCCUGCUCCUACAACAGAGACAAUAGAAGAUGAUGAGGAUGAAUCUGAAAAAGGAAAGUUGAAGCCUAACCAAGGGAAUGGAUGUGAUUUGGACAAGUACAGAUGGACACAAACAUUAGGAGAUAUUGAGAAUGGCGACAAUUGGGCUAUAGAUUGA